GGCUGUGGCGGGAGGGGCUGGGCGUGGGGCUGCGCUGCAAGUGCGGUGCGGGGAGGCAUCCUGGAACGUCGCUGUGGAGUGGGCCCUAGCGCUCCUCCGAGCCAUUCCCCAGCAGCCGCCUCCCUAGAUCCGCGGCUUGUCUCCUGCGAGGCUGCCGCGCAGACCUGCCCUCUGCUGGGCGUGGGGCGCAGUGCCGAGCGCCGCGGGCCGACGGUGCCGCGUGGGCAGCGCCGGGCGGAGGAAAGAACUUUCUGGAAAACGCCGGGAAGCGCCGGCGUUAACAUUUUCACGAGGGAAUGGCAAAAAGUCUUUUGAAGACGUCAUCUCUGUCCGUAAGGACAAAAUUGCUAAAUCAAGUGGGAGUAUCACUAUAUAAUACAUCCCAUGGCUUCCAUGAGGAAAAAGUAAAACAAAAACUUCAGCAGUUUCCUGGUGGAUCCAUCGACCUUCAGAAGCAAGACGAUGGCAUUGGCAUUCUUACUCUGAACAAUCCAAGUAAAAUGAAUGCCUUCUCAGGUGUUAUGAUGCUGCAACUUCUGGAAAAAGUGAUUGAAUUAGAAAAUUGGACAGAGGGGAAAGGCCUCAUUGUCCAAGGGGCAAAAAAUACUUUCUCAUCAGGAUCUGAUCUGAAUGCAGUGAAAGCACUAGGAACCCCAGAGGAUGGAAUUGCCUUAUGUAUGUUCAUGCAGAAUACCUUAACAAGAUUUAUGAGACUUCCUUUAAUAAGUGUUGCACUGGUUCAAGGUUGGGCAUUGGGUGGAGGAGCAGAAUUUACUACAGCAUGUGAUUUCAGGUUAAUGACACCAGAGAGUGAGAUCAGAUUUGUCCAUAAGGAGAGGGGUAUAAUACCAAGCUGGGGUGGCACUACCCGACUGGUUGAAAUAAUUGGCAGUAGACAAGCACUCAAAGUGUUAAGUGGGGCCCUCAAACUGGAUCCAAAAAAAGCUCUAAACAUAGGAUUGAUCGAAGAUGUCUUGCAAUCUUCAGAUGAAACUAAAUCUCUAGAAGAGGCUCAAGAGUGGCUAAAGCAAUUUAUCGAAGGGCCACCAGAAGUAAUUAGAGCUUUGAAAAAAUCUGUUUGUUCAGGCAAAGAGCUAUAUUUAGAGGAUGCAUUACAGAAUGAAAGAGAUCUUUUAGGAACACUUUGGGGUGGACCUAUAAAUUUAGAGGCUAUUGCUAAGAAAGGAAAAUUUAAUAAAUAGUUUUUUAAAAAUGUGGACAAACUAUAAAGCUCCAAUGAUAUGUAGUAAAGUUAAAUGAUAUUAAAUGUGAACAUCAGAAUUACUUUGAAGGCUACUACUAAUAUUCUGAUUUGUUUUUAAUAAU